AUGUUUAAUCUUGAGGGGAAAUUUAUUUCUAAAUUUGGAAAACAGGGAAACAAGGAUGGAGAAUUCAAUGAGCCCCGUUACUUGUCAGUUAACAAAGAAGGAUUGCUAAUGGUCUGUGAUUCAAAAAAUCACAGAGUGCAGGUAUUUGAACUGAGUGGAAAGUUUGUCACAAAGUUUGGAAGUGAAGGUAGUGGGAGAGGAGAGUUUAAGUGUCCAGUGUCAACAGCAAAUCUUAGUGAUGGAAGGAUAGUUGUAUGUGAUUUUAACAACAACCGAAUCCAGGUUUUUGACAAGAUAAAAUUAUGA